AAGGCAGCAGGUCAGAUUCUUUUUCUGGCCGCCGCCUCGAUGCGCAAUUUUGACGUCACGGCGGGCGACGCCGAACACUGGAGCGGGCAAGAUGGCUCCUCAGGAAACUGCUGCGUGUGAAUGAAGCGGGAAAGCUUUCCUACCUUGACAGUCUCGUGUAUACCCCGUCCCUUAUUCUAUGGAGGGGGGACGGGGACGAAACUGAGGCGCUAAAAGCAGAGGAGCUCCAGCAAAUAUGCUACAAAUAAUGGUCAGAGCUUGUUUGGAAAGUCAGUGGAGGCCGGCUUAUUCCCAAAUACACAGUUGCUUACUGCAAAAGCACAUUAAAAACUGGCACAGGAGCCUUAGCAUAACAAACAUACAAUGUUCAAAACUGCGGAAAAUCUGUAAAGGAAAUAUGUCUGAGAAGAAGCUGAGUCGUUAUUUCGUGGAUCAUCGAAAGGUACGUGUGAUAGGAGGGAAAGGAGGAGAUGGUAUUGCCUGUUUUCUCAGUGAACCUAGAAAAGAAUUUGGAGGUCCCAAUGGUGGAGAUGGAGGAGAUGGGGGACACGUUAUAUUUAAAGUGGAUCGGCAAGUCAAAUCCUUGGCUUCCCUCUACCCAUUUUAUAGAGGCUACAGUGGGGAAAAGGGGGGAAGCAAAAACUGUUAUGGAUCAGCUGGCAGGCACCUGUAUGUUAAGGUACCUCUUGGUACCAUAAUUAAGGAAGGCCCUAACGUUGUAGCGGACCUCAACCAUCACGGGGAAGAAUACGUUGCAGCCUAUGGUGGAACCGGGGGCAAAGGCAACCGUUUCUUUCUGGCAAAUGACAACCGAGCACCAACAACUGUCACUUUAGGAGAUCUGGGUCAAGAAAGAUUCCUUCACUUGGAGCUCAAAACUAUGGCCCAUGCAGGGAUGAUAGGAUUCCCCAAUGCUGGGAAAUCUUCCCUCUUGCGAGCAAUCUCCAGGGCAAAACCCGCUGUGGCUCCCUACCCAUUCACAACCCUGAAUCCUCACGUAGGCAUUGUUCACUACGAAGACUACGAGCAGAUUGCAGUUGUAGAUAUCCCUGGGAUAAUAAAAGGAGCCCACGAAGACCGAGGACUUGGCCUGGCCUUUCUGAGACAUAUUGAACGCUGCUGUUUUCUUCUCUUCGUGUUGGAUCUCUCUGUGGCUGAGCCCUGGGCUCAUUUGGAAGCCUUGAAGUAUGAACUGGAACAGUAUAAAGUUGGCUUGUCAAAGGUUCCUCAUGCCAUUGUUGCAAAUAAGUUUGAUCUUCCAGAAUCCAAGAACCAUUUGCCUCUCCUCAAGGAGAAAGUGAAGCAGAGGGUCAUCCCACUCUCCGCUCUGACGGGAGAAAAUCUGGAGGAACUGUUGGUGCAUUUGAGAGAACUCUAUGAUGAUUAUCUGAAAACAGAAAAAGAACAGGCUCGCAAGCCAUUGAAAUGGUAGUUGGUAACAGAACUCUUCCAUUAUUGUUUUGAGAUAGGAAGGACAUUUGGAGUUUGGGCGUGGACAAGAGGGCCAGUCUCUAGAAGCAGAAUAAAGCUGCUUUUUUAUUAUUAUUAUUCUUUAAGGUUAUAAGGAGAUACACAGAGCGCUACCAACAGAGUGCUCUAGAAGCAGAUAAGAAGGAAUGACCCAUCUACACAAACAAUAAAUUAAGCAAGAGACGAGUCCACCAGGCUACAGAAAGUGAAAUGUUCUUAAGCUUAUUGAGACUUACAGGGCAUAGUUUAAUCAAAAGAACAUUCAAUGAUUUAAUAAAGGUAUGUUUAUUUAUUAUGA